UCACAUCCGUGCCGCAAGGAGCGUUUAUAAAGAAAUCGAACAUAGUGUCGAGUCGGUCUUAUAAACUACGCGUGUCACCGAUAGGCGCGCUAUUUCUGCGUCUCCAUGGUCGAAUCGUUAGUUUAGCAGUGAUAGCUUACACGUGACUUUAAGCGUAAAGAAGACAAACUAUAGGACAACCGAAUACAACUGACGUGUCCUUAAUGCAGAACAACGUGGCAAAUCUAAACCGUUGCAAGUUUAUCUGUUUAGUUCUUGAGACGACGGAGCCAAGACAGUCAUGAAUCCUGUCCUACAACUAUAGCUUGUACAACAAAUAUAACAAAAAUUUACAUCUUGCCGAGAUAUCAUUCACUGGCUUCGCGUACAGUACCGUUUUACAAGCAGAAUUAAGGUUAACCGUCGGUAAUGACCACGUCAAUGUUGUUACUUCUGUCAUAACAUAAAUAAUUCAUUUUGUUUUCGUGCAAGUGGUUCUUCCGUUAGGAAAUGACUGCGUGUCAUUUGAUCCAGGGAUUCAAGUUCGGAAAAUUUUGGAGCGGUGUAUCGAUACCUACGCUCUAACUCAUGAUACGUAUAAUAUUGUUGUUAAAAGUAAGCGUGACAAAGUUCGGCAGUUGACGUGCGCGUUAGAGGAACAUCUUUUCCAUCGAGAAUCGGUUCUUAACGUGUAUGAGAUUGUGAUUGAUUACUUUCGUCGUUCUCCAUGGGUCCAAGAAGGAAAAUGACGAGGGAUGUCAGCGCCGAGGAUGGAGUCCACGAGUAUAACCAUAUACAAGAGCAUUCCGAUUUACGAGGAGACGAGAGAAAUAUAGCUGUUCUCUUAUUUUUGUACCUGUUGCAAGGCAUACCAUUAGGUUUAUGCGGCUCCAUUCCUAUGUUACUGCAAAACAGAGGUGUUUCGUAUCGUCAGCAGGCUGAAUUUAGUUUUGUUCAAUGGCCCUUCUCAUUGAAAUUGUUCUGGGCGCCGAUAGUGGACUCUGUGUUUUCCCAAAGAUUUGGAAGACGGAAAACAUGGUUAAUUCCUACUCAGUAUUUAAUGGGUUUCUUUAUGCUUCUUUUAUCAAACCACAUAAAUCAAUGGCUAGGUGAUGAAAGUACAAAGCCCAAUAUAGAAAUGUUGACCAUUUUAUUCUUUGCCCUGAAUGUCCUUGCUGCUACACAAGAUAUAGUAGUCGAUGGUUGGGCCCUAACAAUGUUAAAAAGAUGUAACGUGGGUUACGCAUCAACUUGUAAUAGUGUGGGACAAACUGCUGGUUAUUUUAUUGGCUAUGUACUUUUCAUGGCAUUGGAGUCUGCUGAAUUUUGCAAUAGUUAUUUAAGAUCCACUCCUUCCAGUGAGGGCAUAGUAACAUUACCUGGGUUCCUCUAUUUUUGGGGUUGGAUGUUUUUAAUUGCAACUACUUUGGUUACAUUUUUCAAACACGAGGACUCUGAGAAAGUACACAGAGGGGAAGAAUUAAAUACAGAUAUCAAACAUGCGUACAAAUUACUUUGGAAUAUCGUCAAAUUGCCGUCUAUAAAGACGCUUAUUAUAUUCCUGUUAACUGCCAAGAUCGGGUUUUCCGCGUGCGAUGCUGUAACUGGUUUAAAACUAGUAGAAGCGGGUAUACCGAAAGAAAAAUUUGCUCUUAUGGCUGUGCCUCUGAUACCUUUACAGAUAUUAUUACCAUUAGCAAUUUCAAAGUACACAGUUGGUCCAAAACCCAUGGAUGUGUACAUAAAGGCAAUGCCUUAUAGACUAGCCUUUGGACUGGUAGCAGCAUUUUUGGUAUGGGUAACACCAUACGUAGCGAGUGGUGGACAAGUUCCAGCAUACUACUUUGUAGCUCUAAUAGUUCUCUAUUUAAUACAUCAGGUUUUCACAAGUAGUAUGUUUGUGGCGUCAAUGGCGUUUUUUGCAAAAGUUAGCGACCCCGCCGUCGGUGGUACUUACAUGACGUUGUUGAAUACGUUAUGUAAUCUCGGGGCUAACUGGCCAGCAACGGCGGCGCUUUGGUUUGUCGAUCCAUUGACGUUUCGACAGUGCAGCACCGAUCCCUCGAAUGACUGUAGCACAAUUUCGGAAAGAGAGCUCUGCACGAACACGCACAACGGCGUUUGUAAUAUGCAGCUCGACGGUUAUUACAUAGAGAGCAUCUUAUGCUUGAUCAUAGGGUUCGCUUGGCUCAGGUGGGGCCAACGAAAACUGGAGGUCUUGCAAGCGAGACCGAUGUCUGCUUGGAAAGUUAUUCUUUCGAAGCAGAACAGAUAACAGUAUUGAAUCGAUGUUGCAACUCGUUGACACGGUACUUGUAAAUAUAUUAGGAAUGUAUACAAUUUGACUACGCCCAUACCGAUCGUAUGCCGGCUAUGUGUCGGGUAAUUUUCCCGGACGUCUACCAAGUGUUCCAAUUUUUUUAACGCAACACGAACCGAGUUUGUGAACCUUUUUUUUUUUUUUUUUAAUUAAAUUUGUACUUUUCCAACGAACAAUACUUGAAUACAUGAAAAAUAUUCGUUACGAUGAAGUAACGUUUACCGGACAUUCGAUACCUGAUUUAUAACGAAGAUUUACGCGAGAUUCUUUUACAUUUGGCACAAUAUUACCAUUAACCAAGUACUGCGUACAUUGUGAAAUUAUUUUAGCCGUAUGCGAGUGUGUCGUAUAUUUAAUAACGACAUGUAGUUUGCAUCGCGGUACAACUCCAUUCCUUGUAGGUAUACAGGGUGCUUCGAUAAUGGCGAUACAAUUAGGCCAGUGAUUCCCCACGAAUAAUAAGCGAAGAAUAAAAUUUGUUCAUACGGGUUUUCAUUUUCAAGAAAAUCGAGUUCGUGAAAUUUAUAUAUAGUUUAUAUAUAUAUAUAUAUUAGGUUGUCCAGAAAGUUCGUGCCAAUUUCUAAGAAAACUUCAAAGGCACAUCUGAAUUGUAAUAUACAUUUAUUUAUAUGUAUAUUUAUUGAAUUACAUAGGUACCAUUUUGUUCCACAACCUUUCCAUCUUUUAAGGCAUGUACAUAUACAAGGGAUGUAUAUGUUAUUUGUUUUCAGCCAUUUCGACAUAUUCAGACCUGCGCUAGCUAUCAAAAAUCGGCAUGGACUUUCCGGACAACCCGAUAUUUAUAUAUAAAGACUAAUUUUCAUUUUUGUAUUACGAAUGGUGGAUCGUGGAUCGACACAAUAACAUACCUUGUUUUGACUGGCAACAAAUUAAAAAAUACUAAUUACAUACUACAAGGAGUGCAUAAUAAUGUAGUCAUCGAUCAAGUUAAUUAUCAAACUCGAUUUUCUUGAAGAUAAAUUGUUCGUAAGGCAAAAUUUUCGUUCGACUUAUUUGUUCGUGAAAAAUCACUCGGUGUUCCGUUGUACCACCAUCGCCGGAACAUCCUGUAUAUUGUAUCGACAUGUUGCUCAUAAUAAAAGGUAGAACUUUUUAUGCGAAUCGCGUGUGUUAUCCUUCCACGAAGGUUAGUGGAAAUUUAGUUAGGAUGUAAAAUAUGUAAUAUAUCGCACUGGUUUAUAUUUAACGAUACGUACUAUUGGUCCUGGACAGUUUAAUCAAACAGUUGCGUUUGUUCGCAGUACUUAUAAGUCUCUAUGUAUAAGUACAUGAUGUUAAUAAAAGUUUUCCAUACGAAGAGCUUGGUAGUCUUACC